AUGGCCACGUUGAAGUCUUUUUGCACGAGACGGCUUGGCCGAAGGGAUCAAGGAGGAGUCGUUGGGCCCGAGGACGCUUUGGACGAGAGACUCUUCCAGAGACUCAAGGACCGGCCCGAGGACAUUCUUACUGUGGCCGUGGCGGACGGUGGGUUGUCCGAGCAGCAGGCAUUGCAGACACUGGCAGCCACGGAGUUACCCAAGUUGAAGUUCAUCGUCCGAGACCGAGCUCACAGGAUGCGAGCGUGUCAGCGCAGCACGUGGACGAGCUUGACCGAGAUGUGCGGCUUGUUGGACAUAUUGGUGACAGGGGAGCACUCCGUCGCCCGAGUCCUGGAGAAAUCCCGGAAACUGGGUUUGUGGUUCGAGGCGAGCCAGCCGCCCGAGUCCGAGACCGAGUUUUGUCGCACGUUGAGGAGUUUCUCGUUUGCCAUGCAACGGUUCGAGUCCGCGUCUUUGCCCUUGUUCAAGAUUCUGAAGGCAUUGCCCUCGCUGUACGAGUUUUUGGCCCGAUGCUGUGAAGAGGGUGAUCCCGAGGAUGUGACAUGGGCAGAGAACGUGUUAGGCCGGAUGACAGGUGAUGGUGCCACCAAGGCAGUGGUGCGUUCAGCCGUCGUGUGCGACGCGAUGUUGGUUUGUCACCGGUUUCUUCGUCUAUGUGACGUGUCCGAGGACGACGCAUGCCUGUGCGGAACUCAGGCGUCCGAGAUCAUGCACCAGAUGAGGCACCUGUUCAAGGAGGGGAACCUUCUGACUGCAGACAAGUCCGUGACAGUGGAGGCCAUGAACACCUUGAAGAAACUGGGUGCCGUCCGAGUGCUUGGCCGACGCCCCCGUGGCUCCAGGAGUGCAAGGCCCGAGCACGUGCUCAGUGUCUGGCAAACAACAUCCGAGGCAGAGAUCCGCAAAGAUCUGCGCAGAGUCUACAAGCUUGUGGACGCCUACUUCCGAGCGAACUUUCCCUUGUGGGAGUAUGUGAAUUCUCUUUCUGCACUGGACGUGCAUGCGGACCUGAGUAUGAGGCAGCGAGAAACGAUGAUCGGCCGAGUCGCAAAGCAGUGGAAUUUAGACGGCAAGAUGCUCUGGAAGCAGUUCUGGGGACAGGCGCCCGAGGAUCACGGACCUGGCCAUGGUCUCUUUGCUCGAGCCUUGUGGCACGCGAAGAAUCCCAGCCAGCAGCCAUCCAAGCAGGCCUGGGUGAAGACCCUGUCCGAGCUGAGAAAGAGCCAGAUCCGAAACAGGUACGAGGCCGUGAAGCUCAUCAAGCAUUCGCUCGUGUUCAUGACGUCCACCUGCAAUGUGGAGCGGUGGUUGCACGAGAUCAGCUUGACCGAGCAGAAAAGCAGGGCUCAUCACCUCAACAUUUUCCGGCUCGAGGAUAGUGUUAAACUCAACGUUCAGAACAUGAGUGGCCGAGCCAGUGUCUUCCAGCCCGAGUCCCUGACUACGUCCGCGACCGAGAGUCGAGAUCGGCAGGUGCGUUGGCAGGCAAGCUACUUUGGCCUGCGAGCCCAAAAGGCUUACGCUGAGUUUUACGGCGAGAAGCAGUUACCUGCCCGAGACCUCCUGUCCGUGCAAGAGCGCAAUGACAAACCGAGGUUGGCACCAUUGCGGGCGAGCUCGAGCAAAUCCAUAGCAGCCCAGAUGAGGCAACGCAAGGAGUCACUCGACAGUGCUGUGCGAACGGGCGCAAAAGGGUCCCAAGACACGAUGUCCGAGAUGGUUGCGGAAGCGCCCGAGCAGAACCAGGAGGUGGUGACGCCAGAGUCCGUGGCGGACAAGGAUGAUACGAUGGAAGAUGAGGUCAUCAAUGCCGCAGUGGCUUCGCAGAUCGAGCUCGUCAAGAAGCGAAAAAAGGUUGAUUUUGAAACGAAGGCAGGCUGUGUACCUGCAUAUGUCCAUGCAACAGGGUCCGUGGUUGGCCCCAUGGCCGCCAAUGCUCCGAGUGCUGCCCGGGCCAAAGCCCCCAAGCUUGGCAACACUGUCUGCGUCAAGAUGGCGCACGGUGCCCACUGGCCCGAGAAUGUGAGUGCCCGCUUCCGCUUGACCAUGGACUUUGCGUCGGCCGACGUUUUAAUGGUCGCCAACAUAUCCGAAGGGCUUUACUUGCCGGAGGCACUGGAAGCCAGACUGAGAGGAGUCCGAGUUUGCGACCGAGAUUUCAUUCAGACCGCAAUGCAGAAGGGCAAUUGUUACGCCUUCCAACGAGCCUUGGACCUGCACUUUCACUUGUAUCUGACCGAGGGUUUUGCCAACAAAUAUCCGGCACACUCGGAUGUGUUGUUCGCGCAUGGGGCCUUGAAUGGCUGUAAGCUUCGAGUUUACAAGGGAGGGAUGCCUGAGAAACCUCGGCAUCCGAAAUUGACUUUUAAUUUGUGUCCGAGCCCGAGCCUGAGCUCGGACAGCGAUUCUGCUGAGAGCGGCAAGUCCUGGAAUCUGGACAAGCUCCUCAUGAAGCUUGGGGUUCUUUACGACCAGGGGUGA